UGGACUUGUUGGAAAUGGUGUGAAAACCACCAAAAGGGUGUGUCUGGAAAGCUUCACAUUUAUUGUGUAAUUAAGACCUCAAGGGUGAGACAACUAACAGACAGCAUCAAGGCAGAGCCAAAGCACAGCAGCUGCUGUGAGAGUGCGUUAAUAUCCGAGUGGAGUUAUGAAAAUGAAAAGAAGGAGCAAGCUACAGUAUAUUUUGCAUGUGUCUGCUUGUUCGGGAAGUCCGAGCCUGUGCUGCGGAGGAAAGGGGGAUAUAUGUGGGUUCGCAUGGGCGGAGAUUUGUGUAUAUCCGAGUGUAAGUGUUUUGAAUCUGAGGUUAGCCUUUCGACUAGGGGUUGAGUUCACGGCCACAGCAGAACGAGAUCUGUCUUUGCUUCUUUAAUGACCUUGCUAAUGACCUGAGUGGCCAGCAAGCAGCUCAGAUUAACUGCACUUACAGACAUGUUAGCCUUUACUUGACCCGACUCGCUCUCUGUUCAGAGGCUUUUUGUGACUCGUUUAUUUAUCAUCUUUUUAACUUAAUGACAUAAUGGGCUGCCUGUUUGGUCUUCAUAUUAUAGGGAUAUCGCAUGCACUCUGAAGCAGGGCGAAUAAGAUGAGCAGUGCUACCAAAUCCUGUGAAAGUACCCGCUUUGCUUGAAAAGAUGUAGGCCAGUGGUAAUCAGAACAGGCUCCCAGGGCCACACGGGACUCUUUGAUUUUGAAACUGUGGCUUUUCCUGAUGUAGUACGCUUUCGUCGUAAGUCAUGUGUUUAAAUUUAGCAAUACUUGGAGGAUGCCUCGGUAAUGGAAGAGAAGCUCAGUUUCAUUGUGUCUAUAGGUAUAAUAUGUCCUGCACAAAUAAGGAUAUUUUAAAAAUCAUGCAAGCUGGCUUGCACUUUAUAUGUAUUGUACUGUGCAAUGCUGUUAGGUUUAUUGAUGCUGAGAUGCAUGUUAAGUGAUUUUGCUAGCUGCAUUCACUACAGCUUUGAGUUAUGCCACAUUAUUUCUUGAGUUAUAUUGUACAAGACCGUGACAAACACCUGGGGAUACAAAAUGGUUAGAUGAGGACUCGUGCUUCUGGAGGGAGAAAAAGAUUUCUGCUUUUGGACCAGACAGCUUUGAAGUGUAACUGUACUAAUUGUGAAAAAAGUGGCUAUGAGUGUGAGACAGACGGAGCUUGUAUGGCCUCCACUUCCUACAUUAAUGGCCAGGAGCAGCAUGUGCGCAUCUGUAUUCCACGGGAGAGUCUAAUCCCACCUGGUCAACCCAUCUUCUGCCUGAGUGCUGAGGGAGUGCUCAACACGCACUGCUGCUACACGGACUACUGUAACAGCGUCGACCUGCAGGUCCCUAAUGGGGUUCCUGAGCGUGCGAUCUGGCAAGGCACGUCUGGUAGCUGGGGUCCCGUGGAGUUGGUAGCAGUCAUAGCAGGACCUGUCUUUGUUUUCUGCCUGUUGCUGAUCGUCGGCGUUUUCGUGUUCCAGCACCACCAGAGGAACUACAACCACCGGCAGAGGCUAGAUGUAGAAGAUCCCUCAUGUGACCACCUUUACCUAGCCAAAGACAAAACCUUGCAGGACCUCAUAUUCGACUUGUCCACCUCUGGCUCUGGAUCUGGUCUACCUCUGUUUGUGCAGAGGACUGUGGCGAGGACCAUCGUGCUGCAGGAAAUUAUCGGAAAGGGCCGCUUCGGGGAGGUGUGGAGGGGAAGGUGGCGAGGAGGAGACGUGGCUGUGAAGAUCUUCUCUUCCAGAGAGGAGCGCUCCUGGUUCCGUGAGGCUGAGAUCUACCAGACGAUCAUGCUCCGGCACGAGAACAUCUUGGGCUUCAUCGCAGCAGAUAACAAAGAUAAUGGCACAUGGACUCAGCUGUGGUUGGUCUCAGACUAUCAUGAACACGGCUCUCUGUUUGAUUACCUGAACCACUACACGGUCACCAUCGAAGACAUGAUCAAGUUGGCUCUGUCAGCCGCUAGUGGUCUUGCACACCUGCAUAUGGAAAUCCUUGGCACUCAGGGAAAGCCUGGCAUUGCACACCGAGACCUCAAAUCUAAAAACAUCCUGGUAAAGAAGAACGGCACCUGCGCUAUAGCGGACUUGGGCCUGGCUGUACGCCACGAGUCAGUCACUGAUACAAUCGACAUCGCCCCUAAUCAGAGGGUGGGCACCAAGAGAUAUAUGGCCCCAGAGGUGCUGGAUGAAACGAUCAACAUGAAGCAUUUUGAUUCAUUUAAGUGUGCUGAUAUCUAUGCAUUAGGACUGGUGUACUGGGAGAUCGCAAGACGAUGUAAUGCAGGAGGCAUCCAUGAGGAGUACCAGCUGCCAUACUAUGACCUCGUGCCCUCUGACCCUUCCAUAGAGGAAAUGAGGAAGGUCGUGUGUGACCAGAGACUGCGGCCCAACGUACCCAACUGGUGGCAGAGCUACGAGGCCUUGAGGGUGAUGGGGAAGAUCAUGCGCGAGUGCUGGUACGCUAACGGAGCAGCCAGACUCACAGCCCUGCGCAUUAAGAAGACACUCUCGCAGCUCAGUGUGCAGGAGGACGUUAAGAUGUGACUCGUGCGAGGGCUGCCACGCCCCCAGAGACACGCACUCGGAGCGACCAGCCAGUUUCAGACACUUUUAUAAAGUUGUGACAGGGACUACCUCACCGUUUUUAGCCAAAACUACUGAGCGUAAGGCCACUCCAGCUGUUUUUCAAUCCCUCCAUGGGCUCCCAGUCCAGUCUGUCUUGGUCCAUCUCCAUCACGUCGACGCUACACGCCUCCACUUCAUGGCCCGUUUGUUUAUAAGGCAGGAUUAAUUCAUUAACUGUGAUGGGACUGUUUUUAAUGUUUUAUUUUUUUAAAAUGGUCUUGCCCUUGAAAAUGGACCGUUGUGUGCUGAUUGUAUAUGCGUACUUAUUUUGUGUGUGUCUCAUUUAGCCCAUACAGUAUGCUGUACUCUGAAUCAUAGCCUUUUCUCCACAGUGGUGGUGGGAUUGUGUUUCCUGAUUUUUAUCUGCCUUAAGCAUAGAUAAAGCCUAAAGAAAAGGAGCAGUGUGACUAUUAAAUUCACAGUGGGGCUGGAUUGCAGUGUCGUUCUUCACUGUCCAACUUUUAAAUGAAAUUCGUUGCGUUUGGGGAGUUAAAUGGUUGCUGAGACACUGCUCGUGAGUCGCGACUCAUUUAUUUAACGAAUUAAUAUUGUGACUUGGUUACUGUACCAAAAGGCAUGUUUGUUAUAAGUGCUGAGAUUUAAGUGUGGUUGACUGUUUAACAGGGAGGUGUUUGGGGGUUAUUUUGGGGGGUUUUUUGGGAAGGGGGGGUGGUUUCCCCUCUCUUCUUUCAUCCCCAAUUUAUUUAUUUUAUAUAUGUAAUGUAGCUGUUCAGGACACUGUGAGAUUAAUGCUCAUUCAGGUUAUGGCCAUUAAUGAUACUAAUAUGAUGUAUACACUGUAUAAUGCUGUGCAAAGAUCAAAUUCAUGUCAAGAAAUGUAGCAUAACUAUCACUUAUGUUGAGCAUUUUCUUUCCCUUACAUUUUUGAGCAUGUGCUAUACUCAUCCAGUCUUCUAGCGAUUAGGAUUUUUAUGAACUGCACUAUUGCUCCUUUGGGGGAAGCGGUGGAAGGUGGUCGUUCGUGCCACUUUUAAGAAGCAUCCUGUAAAUGGUUUGUGUAAAAUAAUGCAUCCAUCUGUCUGCUUAUUUAUAAUGUAACAUUUAUAAUCAACAACUUUCUAUGAUAUGUUUUCGUCAUGUAUUUUAUAGUUUUUAAUUCCGGCCAAUGGGAAGGUACUACUGACUGCUCAGUUCCUUGCAUGAAUGAAAAUCUCUAAGCUUGUAUGUUUCGUAGUUAUCCGUUUGUGAGCCGAGUAGCUUCGUAUACCACCGAUCUAUAUCUGAAUGCAGGAAUCUACACUUGGCAGCAGUGUGAUUUGUAGAAUUCUUUUUAAAAAAAAUGUAUUUGAAGAGAAACGCAGUGUGUGAGUGUGGUCUCCAGGCUUUUGCCUUGGUUGUUUGAAGAGGAUAUAUAAGGUCUAGAACAGUUGAAUGAACAUAACGGAUGAAUGCAUACAGUUACAUAAUGAAUCUGGAUUGUCUAUAGGCAUAGUGUGGUGUUUUUUUUAAAAAAGUAUAGAUUAAAGGUGGCUGUAGCAUCAGGGUAAAAUGAGCUUUUUCAACAGGAAUCUUGCUUCGAGUCUUAAACAGGGUGCUGGGGGCGAGCUAAUACUUAUAUUACAACACUAAUAUUGUAACUCAAGGAGGUUCGGUUACUAAUUAUACACCCUUUCUUCUUUGAACCCAACUCAAUCUGGUAGCCGUUUCACCAAAACGGCACUACUUUUAAAGAAUAAUGUUGCUAGUGUGUGUCACUUUUUUUUUUUAAAAAAAGGUACUCCACCUUUUAAACAAUCCACCUUUUACUACCAUUCUCAUAGUCGAGCACUGGAAUUUUUGUUUUGACUAAUGUAAGGAACAACGGUCUCGUCACCACCUCUUUAUGUAGAACUCUGGAAUUCGCUUUUGAUUGUGAGACAUUCUGCAUACAACAAAUACUUGUAACACUAGGAGGGAUUUUUACAGCAGGUGUUAGUCAGGCGCCUCACUGGAAGAAUCACACUGGAGUGUAGACUAACUGCCCUUGUUUGGUUUGCCACAAAGACUGGAUGCUGUAAUUUAAACCAUAUAUUAAACCCAUGUUAAAUGCAAAUUCUUUUGGGGAUUCGUUGAAAUUGUACAUAAAUAAUACAUUUUGUUUUCUUA